AUGGCCGAUGUUGACAAAGCGAGCGACGGGCCCGCGCCCUACUCGCCCCACGCCUUCGACUUCACCCAGCUGCCCGACUACGACAACGACUUCGUGCGCGACGACGACUUCGUCCAGUUCGCCCGCGCCCUCGCCGCGCCCGAGACGUCGCCCUCGACCGAAGACGUCUCCGCCGCCCAGCCGCCCAGCACCCCGCGCUACUUCACCGCCCAGCACGACUGGCGCCCCGUCCACCAGCGCGUGCGGAAGCGCAGCAAGCCAAAGGCCGCCCCGCGCCGCGGCAAGGACGAGACACGCGAGGGCUUCGUCUACGUCCUGCUCAAGUGGCCGCUGCUGGUCAUCGUCCUGGGCUGGCUGCUGUUCCUGAGCAUCGCCUACGUCUUCACCCGCCUCUACAUCUACCUCUACGAGCACUGGGUCACAUGGCGCGGCACCCGCAACCGACUGCGCCACCAGCUGCAGAGCGCAACCACCUACGAGGAGUGGGUCCGCCGUGCCCAGGAGCUCGAUGCCUACCUCGGGAGCGACGUGUGGAAGAAGAAGCCCGAGUACGCCUACUACGACUGCAAGACCAUCAGGAGGGUCCACGACCAGAUGGUCAAGCUGCGCCAGCGCGCAGAGUCGGACGAGAAGGCCAAGUGGGACGACAAGGCCAAGUGGAACGAAAAGGCCAAGUGGAACGAAAAGGCCAAGUGGAACGAAAAGGCCAAGUGGAACGACAAGGCCAAGUCGGACGACAAGGCCAAGUCGGACGCAAAGACCGUCGACGGGAAACCAAAGGCCGUCGACGACCUGCGCGCCCUGAUGGAGGCGUGCAUCAAGAACAACUUUGUCGGCUUCGAGAACCCCAGGCUCUACAGCGAGACCUACUACGGCACAAAGGACCUCGUCCAGCACUUUGUCGACGAGGCCGCCACCUCCAUGGCCUUCCUCCUCCACACCAAGCAGCUCGCCGCCGACGACAAGCGGGACCUCUUCAAGCACCUCGGCAGCAAUUUUGGCCGUACCGCACUGUGUCUGAGCGGAGGAGCUACCUUUGCAUACUACCACUACGGCCUAGCAAAGGCGCUGCUCGACGCCAACCUGCUUCCAGACGUCAUCACGGGAACCUCUGGUGGAGCCCUCGUGGCAGCACUACUAGGCACGCGGACGGACGAUGAGCUGAAGAAACUCUUGGUCCCGGCUCUCGCCCACCGCAUCAAGGCCUCGCAGGACAGCACCUGGACGUGGGUGAGGCGAUGGUACAAGACGGGAGCACGCUUUGACGCCGUGCAAUGGGGCAAGGGAUGCUGUUGGAUGACCAGAGGCAGCAUGACCUUCAAAGAAGCCUACCAACGGACCGGCCGCAUCCUGAACGUCUCCUGCGUGCCCUCCGACCCCCACUCGCCCACCAUCCUCGCCAACUACAUCACUGCCCCCGACUGCGUCAUCUGGUCGGCAGUCCUCGCCUCAGCCGCCGUCCCCGGCAUCCUCAACCCCGUAGUCCUCAUGAAGAAGGACAAGGACGGCACGCUCUCCCCCUACUCCUUCGGCCACAAAUGGAAAGACGGCUCCCUGCGCACCGACAUCCCCCUCAAAGCCCUCAACCUGCACUUCAACGUCCGCUUCUCCAUCGUAUCGCAAGUAAAUCCCCACAUCAACAUCUUCUUCUUCUCCUCCAGGGGCUCCGUUGGCCGUCCCGUCACCCACCGAAGGGGCCGCGGUUGGCGUGGUGGCUUCAUUGGCAGCGCCAUUGAGCAGUACCUCAAGCUCGACCUGAACAAAUGGCUCAAAGUGCUGCGCCACCUGGAGCUCCUCCCGCGCCCGCUGGGCCAGGACUGGAGCGAGAUUUGGCUGCAGCGCUUCAGCGGCACCAUCACCAUCUGGCCCAAAUCCAUCCCGAGCGACUUCCUAUACAUCUUGUCAGAUCCAACCCCUGAAAGACUGGCCCGCAUGAUCCACGUCGGCCAGCAGUCGUGCUUCCCGACCUUGAAGUUCAUCGCGAAUCGCGCAAAACUGGAGAAGCAGAUCCAGGAGGGUCGGCGCCUGUACCGGCCUCGCGGACAGGCGCAGGACGGCAACGACCUGGUCAACAUGCUGUCCGAAGACGACCUGCGCGGUCUCCUCAAAGACACAAAGUCCUCCGACCCCAACGCCCCGUAUCCCGUCUCCGGCUCGGACAGCGACUCCACCAUCGGACUCAGCCGGCCAGGCUCGCCCGUCGACCUCCCGCUCGGCUUCAACUUUGCGCGCAGGAAAGCCCGCGGGCCCAGCCCCCUCAACACCAAGACCCCAGACCGGCAGGGCGACGCGCCAGACAGCCCCUCCCUCUCGCAGCGCCUGUCAGGGUGGUGGAGCACCAUGUCGCCCACUGCGACCAAGAACUCGACCGCCCUCAACUCGCCACAGACCAGACAUCGCCCCCUCGCGUCCCCGCCGCCGGGCUACGCGCUGCAUGACCGGCCCAACUCCAUGUUCGAGCUCCGCCCGCCGACGGAGCUGAUCCACCUGCAGGGCGGCUUCAGACGGCCGAGUCGCGCAGUAGCAGACGACGACGACGAUGACGCUGACGCUGACGAUGGCGAGGAGGGCAAUUCAGACCAAGAGCAACUCCACGCCGAGACUCGCAGGAGCCAGCAGCACCGCGGCGGGGGCCUUGGGGCCGGCGACGCACGCGCCGAGGACGUAGAGGAGCACUGGGGCGAUGACGAAGCAGACGGCGAUGGCGAUGACAACCACAACCACAACCACAACCGCAACCACAACCGCAACCACGAACUGCAGAGCGCAGCCGAGGGCCUGGGACUCGAAGGGCGUGCUUUGUAA